AUGUCAGACAUCACCAGUUGUGGCAUCCAGCAGAACCGACCCAUCGAUGGUGGAGGCGGGGGCGGAGGAAGUGGCAGUGGUCGUAAAUCACUGUCGUCCCCGUUGGGGUCCUUCGAAGCCCUCGGUGGUGUUGGGUCGUCGCGUCACAUGAGAGCGUACGUGGCCGCAGCGUCGACAUCCUCCGGGGGUCCCGGUCAUCAGCAGCAGCAACUGCAAUCGGCGACGUCCGGCGCCGGGGGUUCCGGAUCUGGCCUCGUUGUGCCCCAAUCGACCGGCGUUGGCAUCGGAUCCGUGGGCAAAUGGGACGAGCCAUAUUUCGACGACACCACGCCACGCAACGUGACGGCCUUGGUCGGAAAAUCCGCGUACCUCAGCUGCCGGGUCAAGAAUCUGGGCAAUAAAACGGUGUCCUGGAUACGGCACCGGGACAUCCACAUCCUGACGGUCGGCAGCUACACCUACACAUCGGAUCAGCGCUUCCAGGCGACGCACCACAAAAACACCGACGACUGGACGCUGCAGAUCAAGUGGGCCCAGAAGCGGGACGCUGGCAUCUACGAGUGCCAGAUUUCGACGCAACCGGUGCGGAGCUAUUUCGUGACGCUCAGCGUCGUCGUUCCCACGGCCACAAUCAUCGGAGGGCCGGAUCUGCACGUGGACAAGGGCAGCACCAUCAAUCUGACUUGUGCGGUGAAGUACAGUCCGGAACCACCGGCCUACAUCUUCUGGUACCAUCACGACGAGGUCAUCAGCUACGAUUCCAGCCGGGGUGGAGUUUCGGUUAUCACCGAGAAGGGAGACAUCACCACGUCCCACCUGCUGAUCCAGAACGCCGACCUGGACGAUUCGGGCAAAUACAGUUGCUCACCCUCGAAUGCAGAUGUCGCCAGUGUGCGGGUUCACGUGCUCAACGGUGAACAUCCGGAGGCCAUGCAAACUGGGGCAGCCACGCGAGUGACCUCGCCAUCCGAACGAAGGCGACACUUUGUGGUGAUCCUUCUGGUGACGGCCCUGCUGACCUUCUACCGAUGGCUGACGAUGGGAGGCUCCAGUCAGGCUCUAGCAGCUUCAGCUCUCCUAAAGGUUUCACCGGCCAGCAGCAGCGGUCGAGGGCUAUCAACAGCAACAUCCACGGACCACCACUUUUCGAGGUGGUGGCCAGCUUCGGCGAAAACUUCUUCUACCAUCCGAGGACGACAACGACCAGCAUCAGAAGCAGCCGGCCAUCCGGAUCAGCGAUUUCAGAACCAUGGCAAUGGCAACGGAGGACAGCUGCGAGAGUGCUGUCCCACCAAUCUUCGAUGGAGCAGCAGAUGAUAAGCCAUUGAAGCGUUUCGCCGCACUGAUGAAGGGAGGUAGAACAACACACAGCAACAACAAAAAAAAGAAAACGGUAGGUACAUACAUGAACGCGAGCGAACGAGACCGAGUGAGUUUAGCGCGAAGUUCCCAUCCAAUUCAGCCUGCCAGGUAUGGCACCUGCACGAUAAACACACACACACACACUCUAGGUGCACAAACAAUGACACAAACACAACCACACAAGCGAAAGAUAUAAAAAAAACAAGUGAGAAACACUGUAGAAGCAAGUCGUAGGAUAUUAUUAUACAAAACAAAAAAGGAUUCGAAAUCGAACGAUACUCACUUUAACACCCCACCUGGAAAGUACAUCAACAACAGAUUCUCGAGAGGGGUCAUCCGUACAUUGCAACAACAGAAUUUUGAUUAUUAACCCUAAAAGCUGUUUGCAAAAUAUCCGUAAAUCUGUUUUUCCGUAAGAAAAACUCACUGAAAAACGUUGUUUCAAAGAACAAUCAAUCGCAGUGAUAAAUCCAUAACUUAAUAUCCGUUUCGGGGAAAUUUGACUUGUAGUUUGUUGUCGUUCCCGUGGCCGCAAAUGUUGGAUGAUUUUGAAGAUUAAAGAUUCAUUGAGUAGGUAAUUUAAUCUAUCUUUAUUUUAAAAUUAAAAAAAUAUUUCAACCAGGUUUUUGUAGUUUUGUAGUUGUAGUGUAGUUUUGAAUUAAAAAAA